CUCGCGCCGGGUCCCGCGGUCGCAGCUCCAGCCAUAGUCUCCGCGCCGCCGUCGUCGCCUCGGCUGCUCGCUUCGUGGGUCGGCCCCUCCGGCACACGGGCUCCAGCCGCGCCGCAGCCGCCCUCCGAGCCCUUCAGGUCGCCCCGGUCUCCUCUCCCGGCCCGACCCAGCCCGCGAAGAUGGUGGACCGCGAGCAACUGGUGCAGAAAGCCCGGCUGGCCGAGCAGGCGGAGCGCUACGACGACAUGGCCGCGGCCAUGAAGAACGUGACAGAGCUGAACGAGCCACUGUCCAACGAAGAGAGAAACCUCCUGUCCGUGGCCUACAAGAAUGUAGUCGGGGCACGCCGUUCUUCCUGGAGGGUCAUCAGUAGCAUUGAGCAGAAGACAUCCGCCGAUGGCAACGAGAAGAAGAUAGAGAUGGUCCGUGCUUACCGUGAGAAGAUCGAGAAGGAGCUGGAGGCGGUAUGUCAGGAUGUGCUGAGCCUGCUGGAUAACUACCUGAUCAAGAAUUGCAGUGAGACCCAGUACGAGAGCAAAGUGUUUUACCUGAAGAUGAAAGGGGACUAUUACCGCUACCUGGCCGAAGUCGCCACCGGAGAGAAGAGGGCGACUGUCGUGGAGUCCUCUGAGAAGGCCUAUAGCGAAGCUCACGAGAUCAGCAAGGAGCACAUGCAGCCCACUCACCCCAUUAGAUUAGGCCUGGCUCUUAACUACUCCGUUUUCUACUACGAGAUCCAGAACGCCCCGGAGCAAGCCUGCCACUUGGCCAAGACCGCCUUUGAUGACGCCAUCGCCGAGCUCGACACUCUGAACGAGGACUCCUACAAGGACUCCACUCUCAUCAUGCAGCUCCUCCGCGACAACCUAACGCUCUGGACAAGCGAUCAGCAGGACGACGACGGCGGCGAAGGCAACAAUUAAGGCCCCCAGGUGGACUGGCAGCGCCCGCUGAUGCUACUACUGCAGUCUUUAUUUUUUCCCAUGAGCUGGGGGUCGGGUGGGGGAGGGAAAGGGAGGGAUGACCUUCCUAGGGAGAAGCCCACGACCUGUCCUGUCUUUGAUCGCCUCUUUGACAUUUUUGCCAAAAUACCACUAGUGGAAAGUCAGGCUAGCUGUGCUCGUAUUGGAAUAGCAGCCUCACACUGGCGUCUGGACUGUUCUGUAGAUGGAAUGCAGGCGGAGCUGUCUGUCUUUAAUCUAACUUAUUGCUAGAGAAUAGGGUUUUAAGACGAAAAGAAAACUGAAACGGGAUUGGCCCUCAUUCAGUGAGUUCUGUGGUUCCAGUAAGGAUUUGUAUGUACAUACGCUCUUGUCUUACGUUUUGGGUACUCUUGUCUCAUCUGUUUUAGCUGUGCGUUUCUUUUCAGGGUGUACUCGACCAGCCAUGGACUAGUGUAAAUCCCGAACGGACAGACUUGGAACAUAAGGCGCGUUGAUCCUUAUGGUUUAGGCCUGGCCAGUUUCCCGAGUCUCGGAUUAGCUGACAGUAUUAACACUAAAUUGCAGUUUACAGUAUUUCUACAUGACAGCCAUACGUAACAUCAAGCCAUUGAUUGUGUAUUUUCCUUUGCUAGUUUACUUUGGCUUUGCAUCCGUAGUCAGCCUUAUCCAGGUUGGGUUUUGCUGUUCGCCGUCUCCCAGGCCACAAGGCUUGCCUGAGGGGAAUCGCAGCUCCUUUUAGGUUUUGGUUAUUAGGUGCUUGGCAGGUGGCUGUGGGAUUUGUACCCUUCUUCCUCUUAACUCAAAUCCACCGCAAAAAUGAUGAAUCACUUUAAUAGAAACGUUAAACACCACAAAAAUAGAGAAAAUUCAGGUCUGUAUGUCAUUGAUUGUGUUGAUAUUUUCAGAGAACUCCUGAUUUUUAAGCUGCCACGCUCCUUCCUCAGGGAUCACGCUGCCAUCACUCUUGAGUGUUCCCCGCUGGACCUUCUGCUGGUGGCUCUCGGGACGGUGGAGACGCCGUUGAGCUGGAGAAGCUGGGCAGUCAUCUUGAGGAAGGUUGUGGUGCAGUGUGUGGAAAUUUAGGUGCUAGAAGCUUACUGGUAGAAAAACCCAAAAGGAAGAGAAGAGCUCUUCUGUUCAUAAGCGCUCUGUCCGAUUUCGGGAGCCUCGUAAGCAUGUCCGUUUUUCCUCCCCGGAAACACUCCUUCCCUAAGCAGUUGUUGUAGGAAAACGAACUAAAGGCAUUAUCAGAUAAUAAAUCACUCCUAUUUGACCAAGACUUUUUCUACAUUUUUUUUUUUUCUUUUUAAUGAAAGCAUCAAAGCGAGAGAGUCCUUUCUCUCUUGUACAGUUGACACAUGCUCUGGAAUCGAAGGAAACUACGUUGCUGUUUCCACAAAUUUGUUCUCAGUUUAGCCUUAGGUCCUUCAUUCUUAUUUUGGAAAAAUCUGUCUGAAAAACGUGACCUGUCGAGUGUGUGUUCAGCCUUUCUUUACAAGACCAGAAACGGUGUGAACUCCCGAGAUAUGGAGGUAAUAACGCCAGACUCGCUUUGUUGGUUGCUGCGGUUUAGUCAAGGAGAGGUAUGAGGAAUAAUUGAGGAAACACUGACUGUUGCUUUUUGCUCUUUACCAGAAUCGGACUUAAGAGUUGGGAAAUGAGUAUGUGUGACAGGAUCCAGGUGACCGUGAGGAUGAGAACAGUGAUGCCCUGGAGCAUGGCACAGUCUACCCAGCAUGACUUUCCUUAGAAGGUUCCCUCCAUACGCUAGAGCAAAAGUCCCAAUUAACUGAACCCUAGCAGAACUAGAAGAGAGCUGUACAGCUUUUGUGCCAUCACCGGGGCCCUAAAGUCAAUGCCAUGGAUGGGAAAUUAUGGGGGGUUGGGGGGGAGGGGUAGGUGGGGCUUUCCUUAACUUAUCUUCAUGUCCAGUGAGCAGUGUUUUGUCCUUCCUUGUAGCCUUUGGAAAUGAUUUACUGGAAUUACAAAACCUAUUUUUUCUUUUAAAUUUCAGCUUUGGCUCUGGCUGCUUUUUAGAAUAAUGCAAGAUAACAGUUAUACCUGAGGGCUAAAAAUGAAGAGGGAACGGGAGACUUGAUAUUUAAGCAGCUUGAAUGGUUUCUUUUCUUUUCUUUAUUUUUAAAGAAAUGCACUUGCCUCUGAUACUGUCUCUCCAGUGAAAUGAUUACUCCUCCAUUACUCUAUUGAUACAAUAUUGUGCAUGCUAGUGUUGUAUUUCUAUACAGUAGCUUGAAAUUUAUUAACUUAUACUGUAGGUGUUAUGUAUUCCUAUGACAAAAAAAAUUAAGUCUUCAAAUUUUUUAAAGUUUUUUUAAUUUAAUUUUUCCUUUGGGGGUACAGUUUGCUCUACCAAAUAGUGAUCGUAACAAAUUGAUCUGUUUUGGAUGUUGCUAUAGUGACAUGCAGUUAUAUAUUUUGUUUUUAAGGGGGGGGAGCAAAAGAAACACCAGUGUUAGCUUAAUCUUAAUGUCUGGUGUUUGUCAUGGUGAAAUUAUAACUAUUACAGUGUAGGAGAACAAUGACUAUGUUCUCUGAAUGAGCCUUUGUGCUUUUUGUCAUGUUAUGCAGUGAACUAUUUUUAAGGUCUAAUCAGUGAUUAUUUUUCCAACUCCGUGUUUCUCUAAGGAAUUAUUUCACACACGGACCAUUCUUAGCAGUUUUCCUCAGUGAUGGAAUAUCAUGAAUGUGAGUCAUUAUGUAGCUGUCGUACAUUGAGCAAAUAAACUUACAGAUCUGA